AUCCUUUUACUGUGGGCGUGUUUCUGAUUUUAAUUCAAGUUCAGGUUGUGGGAAGAUGAUGUCUGGACCCGUGGAUGUCGAAGAUCUUGGAAAUUUCUAUGGUUUGACAAAUCAACUUCAAUCGAACAUUUAUCCAUUUCCAUAUAAGAGCUGUGUUUACGGGCACCAGCAGCAACAAUCCCCUGGAUAUUAUGAAUCGACCAGUCUUGAGAAUGCCGUAAUCGCCUACUGUACAGACAGCAAGUGGAUAUCAUGUCCGGUGGCGAAUUAUUGUCCUCUCUAUGAGGCUUCACCCUUGCAAUCAUUGCAGAUACUUCCGUGCGUUCGAGAUGUUUGCGGCUAUUAUACAGCCGAGGAUGACAUUCUCGAGGAAUUUCUGAGUAACGAAAAGCGGAAGGAAAAAUCGCGUGAUGCAGCGCGAUGCCGACGUAGUCGUGAGACAGAUAUCUUUACGGAACUUGCAGCGGCUCUUCCGGUGUCGCCUUGCGAAGCUGCACACCUUGACAAGGCCAGUGUCAUGAGGCUCGCCAUUGCUUACCUUAAGGCCCGCACUCUUAUGGAUGCAUUUCCAAAGCUACCAAGUAAAUCAGAGAGCUCGCCGGAGAUAGAUGAAUUGUUUCUUAAAGCUUUGGAUGGCUUUAUACUUAUAUUAGAUAACAAUGGUGAUAUGGUUUAUCUUUCUCAAAACGUUAAAGAUCACCUCGGAAUAUCUCAGAUGGAUUUAAUGGGUCAAAGUGUCUUUGAUUACAGUCAUCCAUGUGAUCACGAUGAAAUUAGGGAUUCCUUUUCAUUGAAAGCAUCCGAAAUCAAUAUUGAUCAUCCUUGCAACUUUUUUUUGAGAUUAAAAUGCACACUUACCAGUAAAGGUCGAAAAGUUAAUCUCAAAAGUGCAUCUUAUAAGGUAAUACACUGCAUGGGUCGCUUAAUAGCACUAUUGAAUACCAGUAAAAAUGAAAACACGAGUACGAGAGAUUUGGAAAAUCAAGAGGAAAAUGAUGAAAAACAACCAGGCAUAUUUCUCGUUGUCGUCGCCUCACCAGUACCCCAUCCCAGUAAUAUCGAAAUACCUUUAGGCAAAUAUACCUUUUUGUCGAAACAUAAUCUCAAUAUGAAGUUUACCUACGCCGAUGAUAAAUUGGCGGAAUUUCUUGGCUGGGAAAGCAAUGAAUUAAUAGGGCAAUCUGUUUUUGAUUUCCAUCAUGCUCUUGAUAAUUUAUCCCUGGACAAAUAUUUUAAAUCAUUGUUCAGCAAAGGACAAUGCGAGACAAUGGCCUACCGCUUUCUGAAUAAGAGCGGCGGCUAUGCUUGGGUUGUUACCCAAGCAACACUUAUUCACUGCUCAAGGUUACAGAAGCCGCUAUCCGUUGUUUGUGUCAACUACUUACUAAGCGGCAUCGAGCGCAAGGAUGAGGUCUACAGUCUUCGCCAACUGGAGGUGCGUGACUCUCGGCUAAAAGACGAUCGGAAAGAGAACACAGCGACACCUCAACCACGAGCUCAGGUCUUAGAAUCGAGCAAGCCCGUCGCCGACAAGCCCAUCUCUGUCACGGCGUCUCUAUUCCGCUACCAGGAGCGAACCAAACCCCAGCAGGCAGUCAGACUGAAACUCGACGACAAGGAAAACGAUAUCAAUGAUGUUAAGGUCAAUGUGAACUCACCAGUGUGUGAAGUGGAACUCAAACAGCAGUUGCCGCCUGUCUAUAUAACUUCAUCGAUUCCGGAUUCACCUAUCUACCAAACACCAAUUAGUAACAAUAGCAGCAGACCUCCACCACAAACCGCGACCGCGAGUAUCUUUGCGCCUCGUACUAAGGAUAUGAACAAGGGCUUCCUCACUUUCAGCGAAGACCAACCAGGCCUCACCAUGUUAAAGGAUGAGCCUGAAGACUUGACACACCUUGCACCUACUGCGGGAGACGUGUGCGUGCCCCUCGAAGAUCCACCUUUCUUGAGCGAUAUGCUCGACGAGUUCAUUCUGCACACAAACUAUUGUCCGCUACUAAGUCCCGAACUGCCGUCUGGCACUCCGGAACUUACUGAAUCCGUCUGUAACGGUCCUGUGAUCUCCAACAUCCCCUGUCAAAACAAGGAACCUGAACAAGCGAUACUUGGCGAAUCAAUGAGAAGGAACAAAUUUUGUUCAACUGACAGCGGCGAUCCCUUCAUUUAUAGAGACUCGCCCAGUCGCUGUAGUCUCACCACGGAUCUUCACUCGCCGACGCUAUCCAAAAGCCCGGAAGGCAGUGGUGCCGGUGAUUCUUUGAGUAGUCCGAACGGUAGCGGAGAUAGUGGCCUUUUCGAAGACGAGAUGUUAAUGCUGAGCAUCAGCGAUGUCAUGGCUGAUGACGAGCUGACACUGCGAGCUCCAUAUAUACCGAUGUCCGACCAAGACGAAGCUCUACAAUUACUUAUCAGUGACGACAUGGUUAUGUGGAGUCCAAGUCAAUCCACUGAUAAAAAGUCUAAAUGGUUAACGGAUACGGGCGAAGACAAUGCAAAUUCCAGUUUAGCUCAGUUACUAACUAGUGAAAUAAGUUCAAAGAAGAUUAAGGAUCGUGAAGAAACUCUCGUUAAUCCAACACAUGGCCUAGGACAAAUUAAUUUAAAAAAUACUACAAAGAACAUCACUGCCGAUCGAGAACGCACAAAUAAACGCGUGCACACAUUCUGCAAUAAGUCCAAUCAUGAAAUUAAACGUAUUAAGCACAAUGAUAGCAAUAUCACCAAUAAUAAUAAUCUCUCCAGUCUCGAAAGUAUUCUGUCCGUGUCAAUUGAAAACAGCCCACUGCUUCAGCAAUUGGCUUCCCAACAGGCUACAAAAAACCGAAAUUGGCAGAAUCAGGUGACAUUGGACACAUGGAGUCGAAAUGGCAAUAACAUCUACGAGGACUCAAGUCUCUGCCGAAUACAAAACUUACAUAAAAUCAUCAUUGAGGAUGAUGGAGGUGGGAAAACAAAGUCACAUCAACAUCAGCAUCAGUUACAACAACAACAAUCAAACAGCGUUCUGAUGAAUUUGCUAGUUUCCGGCUGCGACGUCCAAGAUCUUGAGAGUCAGUUCGAUGAGAGGAUGUCGGGAAAUCAUCAAAAACCUUCGAACCUACAGAUAUACAUCGAAGAGCAACUCCAACAUGUACCCCAAUGGUCGAACAGUACGCCAAACUUUGGCUCCAGUAAGCGUCAAAAAGUUUACGAGCCUAUAAAUUAUGAGGAGGAACUCGGCUUCAUAAGUACUGCAAGCAUUGUACACGAGAGUGACGAGCUCCUGCGUACCCUCGAACCCAAUCUUGCUUGAUACGAGUUAAAGAUUUAGGCAAGAUGUAAACAGGUUGAGUUAUGAGGAGGGUGGGGGGAUAUGAAUGUAUAUGCAAAGUAAAUAUAGAAUGACUGGGUGACAAUGAUAAUUCUCUUAUGAGGCCUUUCACGAAAUCGUUUGUUACUAAUUGUGAAUAUACAUAUGUAAAUAGAGAUACACUUGUCGAAGAAAAAGGGAGGCUGGCAAUACGGAGAAAAUACCACGUUCUUAUACGUUUGUGGAAUUGUUUGCCAUUGCAAUUUAUAUGAUCUAUGCGAAUAUCCAUAUUUUAUACAAAGAUAUGUAUUACUUUAUCUUGAGAUAAAAUAUUCUGAGUGAUUUUUGCUACUAAACCAAAA